CCCGGCCGUUCCCCCUCCCUCCCUCCGGGGGACGCUGCUCUCGCGGCGCUCGAGGUCUCGCGCUCUUCCGCUCUUCCGCCGCCGCCUCCUCCCUCCGCUUCCUGCCGCUGGGCGCCCGUUGCCGAGGAGGCCGCCGCUGCAUCCGGGUCCUGGCGCCGCUCGCCGUCACUAUGGUCAUGGCGGAGGGGACGGCUGUGCUGAGGCGGAACCGGCCGGGCACCAAGGCCCAGGAUUUUUACAAUUGGCCCGAUGAAUCCUUUGAAGAAAUGGAUAGCACGCUGGCUGUUCAACAGUACAUCCAGCAGAACAUAAGGGCAGACUGCUCGAACAUCGACAAAAUCCUCGAACCCCCAGAAGGACAAGACGAAGGCGUCUGGAAGUAUGAACACUUAAGGCAGUUCUGUCUUGAGCUUAACGGCCUUGCAGUUAAACUUCAGACCGAAUGCCAUCCGGAUACCUGCACGCAGAUGACGGCAACCGAGCAGUGGAUUUUUCUUUGUGCAGCCCAUAAAACUCCCAAAGAGUGUCCUGCCAUAGACUACACCAGGCACACGCUGGACGGAGCUGCGUGUCUUCUGAAUAGCAAUAAAUAUUUUCCCAGCAGAGUUAGCAUAAAGGAAUCCUCUGUAGCCAAACUAGGAUCUGUCUGCCGUAGGAUUUACAGAAUAUUUUCGCAUGCGUAUUUUCAUCACCGUCAAAUAUUUGAUGAAUAUGAGAACGAAACCUUCUUGUGUCACCGGUUUACCAAAUUUGUGAUGAAAUACAACUUGAUGUCCAAGGACAACCUGAUUGUCCCCAUCUUAGAAGAGGAGGUACAGAAUUCGGUUUCUGGCGAAAGCGAGGCAUGAUGGGGCUCGCGGACUGUAACGAACCCACAGUUAACACGAUGUACUGUAUAUAUAAUUUUAGAAGCGUCAAUCAUGUAUCCUUAGUGCUCUGGUUAGUAAACCUUUUUGUAUGCUGUGUGCGUUUCAUCUUAAUCUGGGGUGUGGUUUAAGUUAUUCAUGAACUCUAUAUUCUUCAUUGUGGCAGUCAUGAUUUUUAAAUAAAAUUAGAAUCCUCUGUUUCUACUGCCUAUUAAUAAAAAGAAUUUACAGUUCUGAAAAAUUGCUGCUAAACAAUCAUUGGAUCACAAUCUUCAGAUCUUGUCCAAUUUCAGCCUAAUAAGUUGAACCUUCUUGUACUAAUGACGUUUGGCAUUUUUAACCUUUUAAUUCUCGGUUUAACGUUUUCGUGACGGGAAACUGCAAGUCUGUUGAAGUCCGAUUCUGUAUUUUAUAGAAGUUAUCCUUAUCUUAGUUCCUAGAUUUUUUUUUGCUUUUGGGUGUGCGCAUAUGUAGUGCUAAACUAUAGUAACAUGUGUGUAUCCAAAUAUCCAUUAAUUACAGUAUUAAUACCAAAAGGAUAAUUUUUUUUAAAAAAAAAUUAUGUUGCCAAAAGUGUAUUCUAGAUCUGUUUGUUUCUUUCUGGACUUGCCUUCUUGUCUUGGCGGAGGCUUGUGCGUCUCAAAAAAAGCUCCCCCCCCCCCGAAGGCAGAGAUUCUCCACCAUUCCUCUACUCACGCCUCUCCCUGCUGGAUAAAACCAACGUGUUUCCCCCUCUCUCCUCUAGUGAAGUACUCCGUGGCGUACGCCUGUGCAUAUAUAGAGUAACGGCUUACAGACUAUACCUCGCAUUAAAUGUUCAUGUAAACACUACAGCGCUGCGUGCGAAAAUAAUCUCCCUUGUUCAUAGCAAAAGAGCUCCAUAUUCUUAAACGCUUGAAUUUACCUAUCGCAUUGUGGGCAACUGGGAUCGGUCCUCUUUUAGCCGCCCCUUCAAUAGAACAUCUCUGCUUUUUAUGUUCCAUGAAGAGGGUCUUGCCCCUCAUUCCCUCUUUAAAUGGCAUUGGCAGGUUGGCAUUGUUUCGUGAGCGCAGAGUCGUGGGGGCUGAACUAUCCCAGAUGGCUACGGAACUAUUUUUGAGAAUGGAGGUCGAAAUGCUUGUUUAUGUUAGACAGGCAGGAAUGCCGAGAUCCGAAAGCACUACCAAUCUUUGUAUAUUUAAACAGGACUCGGUGAGAUGUUUUAACUCUCCGAAGUUGACGUCUCAACCAGUGCCCCUUUUCUGUCUCUCAGAGUAGAUUCUCUUCAGCCUUAGCGGGCCAAAGCUGGCUUUAUGCCAUUUUGUUUCCUUUCUAGGGUUACUCCACGAGCCGGGAAGAAAUGAAUUUAAUUUAACGGUGAGAGUCCUACUUCUGUUUCAGAACACAUAAGGGACAUGCCUUAAUUGCGUAUAAGGGAUGACAAACAGGACACAGCAGUAGCAACUUUGCUACCUGGACAUAAAGGGAAUUGGGAAACGGAGGCGGUAGGAAGAGAACUCAGGUCUUCGGAGGGUUCUGGCAGAAGCCCGCUGACUUGACCAGGGCUAGGCUGGUGGCGUCACUUGGAGGAUUGACCCACAAAGUCCUUCAGAUGGUUCAUCCAGUUCUCCUCUCUUGGCGGCUCUUAUCUUCAGUUCUGAGACGGUCUUAAUGGUCAACAGGGUCUUCGCAUUGGAUGUGCUCUAAGCAACAGCAUGUUGUGGCUUUGGUUAGCACCUCAGAGCGUGUGGCUGAGGAAUUGCGUUUCGGAGGUGGCAGGAUACAUGUGGCAUUACCCCCAACGGGCUGUUCCAGGGUAGUCUUCCUCUCAGAACAAGUUGAUCAGGGAAAAAUACGGCGCCGGAACUAUUUAUGUGACAAUGUGUAGCGCUUGACUGGCAGUGAAACGGUAGACAAUCUCGUUUCCUGCUAAAUGUCUCUAAAAAGUAGUCGGUCUUAUUUUUUGCUAAUAAUUCUGAUUCACCUGCACUGUAAAACUUGACUCUUAUGUAAUCCACGUUCAGUGAACGGCCCCAGCAGGACACUGCUUGUGACGCUUUCCUUAACGCUGUUGACUUUUGGGUACCUCUGAUGAUGUGUUUGCCUAUGUGCCUGCCUGGUUCUCUCUGGAACGUCCGUAAAGCUUCAGUGAACUAUUGAUUUUGUAUGGUAAAUCUAUCGAGGGUUUAACUUUCAUCUUGCAUUCUCGAAAACCUGAGCUAUGUUUGUCUUUGGAAUUACCACUGUACAAAGUAGAGCUUGCAAUUAAAUUUUUUUCUUUUUCCAUA